AUUUAGAGAUGACUCCUUAUGCUGUAUUGCCAACUGGCGAUAAGAUUGCUGUUAAAGAAGUUGUAACUGAUGCAACAACGUUAUCAAAUAUUCAAAGAUCAGAGGGUGGUGUUGUGCGAGGUGCAUUCAAGAAAGAAGUCUUAUUUGAUUGGUUGAAAAGGCAUAAUAAAUCCCCUGAUAUGCUUUGCGGUGCAGUUGAGUCAUUUACUAUGUCUUGUGCUGGUUACUGUGUUGCAACAUAUGUCUUGGGCGUUGGUGAUAGGCAUAGCGAUAACAUUAUGGUUAUAAGAACUGGCCAACUUGUUCAUAUUGAUUUUGGAUAUUUUCUGGGAAAUUUCGAAGUAAAGUUUGGUGUAAACAGAGAACGUGUACCAUUUAUUAUUUCACGAGAUUUUGUUUACGUUAUAACAAACGGCAAAAAACAGAUGCUGACAAAUGCCAAGAGUUUUUACGAUUCAGAGAAAUAUGUGAGAAAGCCUAUUUAA